AACGUCGUGGCAUCGAUCGGUUUUCAGUACGUUGAAGCGUCUCGCCCGCAUCGCAGCGUCGCCGGCGCGUGUUCGUCAUUGACGAACAGAAACGUUUUUCGGCGAUUAGGAAGAAAUCGAAAAUCAGUGCGGUCCGGCCCCGGGGGCGCGUGACGCUUUAGAAGGGCGGCGGACGCUGGCACGAAAUUGACGUGGGGUGGACAGUUAAAGUGUACAAAGAACAUUAUAUGUAGGAUUUGUUGUUGUAAACGUGACUCCUUUCUCAAAGUCUUCGGGUUUAGAGUUAAUUAUAAAUAGGAGUGACUUGGUUUUAUUCUUGUUACCUGGAUUUGGAUUGCUGACAUUCUCAUUGUAAUAAGUCAAAACACACAAUGUCGUCACGCUCGAAAGAAAAGAUGACAGCAAUGUUCCGUAAAAUCUUCCGCUCGUCGUCCAAGAACGACGAAGGACCGAGCAAGCCAUCUCCAUCUGGCAGUGGUUCUCCAGCACGUCGUCUAUUACGUGGUUGCCGUGACAGUGUUUCCCCAGCGCCGCCCACCGGAAGUCCAGCGUUCAAAGCGCCAUCCAGCACUUCCACCAGUAAGAGCAAAAAGCCCACGCUGGAAGAGACGCCUAUCAAUAAAACAGUACGCGCCCGACGCCUAAUGAAGGAAUUUAAGGACCUUCAAAAACUGCAGCACUCCAAGCCGGAUCCGGUAUUUACUGUAGAUCUCGUCGAUGAUAACCUUUUCGAAUGGCACGUGCGCGUACACAAGUUGGACCCUGAAAGCGAUCUCGGCAAUGACAUGAAAGAGCUGGGUAUUACGCACAUUCAGUUACAUCUCACAUUUCCAGAAAAUUUUCCGUUUGCCCCGCCAUUUAUGCGAGUUAUUAGUCCAAGAAUCGAGAAAGGUUUUGUGAUGGAAGGUGGCGCCAUCUGUAUGGAACUAUUGACGCCGCGUGGUUGGGCAAGCGCUUAUACAGUGGAGGCAGUCAUAAUGCAAUUUGCCGCUAGCGUGGUGAAAGGCCAAGGGCGCAUCCAGCGCAAGACCAAAGGACAAAAAGGAUUCACGAAGCGAUCGGCAGAGGAGAGUUUCAGGUCGCUGGUCAAAACGCACGAGAAGUACGGAUGGGUGACGCCAUCUUUGGCGGACGGAUAAAUCCAAUCGAUUAGAUAAUUACAAAUAAAACUUUCAACUGAACAAGAAAAAAGUCGAAACUUUUUAAAAACAUUUUUAUAUGAACGAAAAAGUACAUUCUAAGGAAAAUUAUCCCAAUUAACGACUCACCGAAUAAAUGAACUUUAGCUAAACAUGAUUUAUUUACGCAAGCAAAAUUUUACAGGGUUCAAACUAACAGUUUCGUUAUAAUUGUAAGCAUUUAUUGAGUGUAGCGAUCGCUGUAGGUGUAAUUAUCUCAAAAUGUCAAAACAAAUCGAAGUGCUGAUCUAAUUAGUUCGAUUUUAACCGUCCAUUAUAUUAAAUUAAUUAGUUCUCAUUGAGAAGUUUGUAAUUUGAGAGGUUUUAGUUUAUUUUUCGAAAUGAAAAUUUACACAAAAUUUGACAAAAGAAAAUAUAAACUAAUAUGACGUAAUUUAGCAAAUAACAUCCAAGUAAACAAAAUAGUUAUAUAAAUAAUUAUGGUUUGAGUAGGUUUAUGAAUAGUUUAUUAACAAUACGUUUGUUUUGUUAGCAAUUGAUCAAAAAAUAAAACCAAAAACCAAAAAUAUUGUACUACAACCAUAAAUUGUAGCAGAACUUAAAAAGUAUGUAGUUAGUCAAUUAGCAUAAACAUCAAAUCUGUGUAAUAAUCAAUAUUUUAUUGAACUCUGAGCGAUUUAAUGAAAACUGGCUCGUACUGGUUUAAUUUCACGUCCGACGAGUUAUUAAUAAACAGUGAUAACGAAAAUACGCCAUUCUGAAUCAAAAUCCACCACAACUGAUCGAACAAAAUGAAAAACUGAACGCAAAUCAGUAGUAAAUAAAUAAUUAUCGCCAUAAACAAUGCGAUGAUACUAAACAAAUGAAUCUACUGUUUUGUUUUGUAAUGACUGGUGUCAUACAGGCCAAACGUUUAUUUGUUUUACGCCUGAAUACAUUAUAUUGAUUCAAUUUCAUAAAAUAAUAGCAAUCAAAACGAAAAUAAAUCAAAAUGCACAUUGACUAAAAAUGACUAAGAAAUUAGAAGUUAUUUUUGUAAAUGCUUUGUUUAUCAGUAUUAUUUUUGUGUUGAUGUAAUGACAUAGUUUAAUUUAAAUUUAAAAACAGUGAUUUUUAGUUGUAUGAACAAUUUGUGCCAACUUACCUUGUACAUUUCCAAUCAUUCAAUCGACGUUUAAUGAAAUGAAUGAGUGUAAUGUAAUAUGAAACUAUAAUUAUUUGUAUACUUGUCAUUGAGUGUCUUGAAAUCAAAGAUCAUCGACGUGCACGCAACAAUAACUCAAUUACUAUAACCACAGAUGUUGAUUUAGUGCAAUAGUUACGGUUAAUUAGGAAUAUAAAGCAUGUUUACGUUUAUGAAGAAAUACAAAUUUGACUUAUUGUUGCAUGGAUGGAUAAAAUCUAUGAAUAACUUCAUUCGUGUGUAUAAAUAGCGCAUUCUACUAGCUAGCCAAUCAAAGACACCUUCUAGAAGAGUCAUAUAUAUCUCCUAAUCAUCCUAAACUAUGAUAUAUAUUGAUGUUGAUUCAUUAAUUAAUAUGUAUGAAGAACUAAGAAACUAUUAUGUAUGAAUGGUAAUCAUCUGUAUAACAUUCUCAUGAAUCGAAACAUUUAGUGGAAUUCCUCUCGAAAUGCUACAAUUCCAUACAAUGAUGUUCAAUUUAUUGUAUUUGAUUGUUAUUCAAGUGUUUUAGCAUAAGUAUAAUAAUGUGACCGGUGAUAAAAUACAUAAGGAUUUAUUACACGUGUAAAUGUUUAAAAGAAGAAAAUCAAAAUGAUGAUACUGGUAAAUUAUAAAACGUGUAACUUCAUUGAUAUGUAACGUUAUUCUUUUAUUUUGAAAGAAGUGAUUUUUUGAUCUAGUAUAUUGCCAUUUAUGAAAUUACUAUAUUGAAAUAAAUGUGUACCAAAACA